CUUCCCAUUUGGGAAAAAAAUUGAAUAGAGGCUUUCCAGUUUCCCUUGAUUACUUUCUCUUCUAUAAAAGAAAGCACAGCAAAAAUCUGAUAUUGUGUGACCCAUUUGUCAAGAUUUACUAAAAGACAAGUUGUUCAGACUUAAAGACAGACAUCCACUUCUGUUUUCUUGUUGAACCCCCUGCUCUCAGGAGCAGUGGGUGCCCAGCAUUACCAGAGACUCCCACACUUUAGACGUUACCAUGUGCUUGCCCAGCCAUCUUAUUAUGCCCAUGCCAACUUUCUGGUUUUCAUAAUGUACUGUAGUUCUAUUACCAAUGGGAAAGCUGGUUGAUGGGUAUGUGGGAACUCUGUACUACUUUUUUGCAACUCUAAAACUUUUUCCAAAACAAUUAUUUAUUUUUUUUUUAAAGAAAAUGUCUUGGUCAGGACUUCAGAUGCGAUAGGACAGAUCUCAGGGUGGGUGGUGCUGGAGCCACACACACUGUUUAUGAGGGCGAUGUUGUCAUUGAUGGUUUCCUGCCUUGGUUGUGAGAAGGAAACUGUACACCAGGCAGUGGAGAACCAAAGCGUCACAGUAAAACCUCUAUCCACACAACCUGGAGACAAAGUCGGCAGGAAAGACCCGCGAUGGCCCAAUUCCCCUUCUUCCUUUGAACUGUAAAACUGAAGGUGGGAUCUUGGUCUGAGUGGAAGGGACACUAUGCUCAGAGAAUUCCUGCCCCUGCUUUGCCUUGGGCUUGGCCUGGGCUUUGAAGACGAGAAAAAGAAUGAGACGCUUCCCAAACCCUCCCUCAGUGCCUUGUCCAGCUUAGUGGUUGGACACAGAGAUAACGUGACUCUGAGGUGCCAGUCUCACUUCCAGAAUGUGACAUUCAUGCUGGGGAAGCUGGAGGACUCUGGGUACAGGCAGGAGCAGAGAUCCACAGGACACAAGGCUGAAUUCCUCCUCACUCACCUGGAACCGAAGGAUGCUGGGAUGUACUUUUGUGCCUACAAGACAAUGGUCUCCCAGGAGUGGUCAGAGGAGAGUGAAUACCUGCAGCUGAAGGUCAAAGAUGACCACAAUGGACGUGGAGCUACUGGAGUAAAAAAUGCCAAUGGAUUAAUCUUUGCUGUCACCUUCAGCUGCCUCUCCAUUUUGAUCCUCUUCGUGUCUGUCUUCUUCAUCAACAGAUGUACCCAGCAUGGUUCGUCACAGGAAGAAUCCACCAAGAGUCUUCAGAUCCCAUACUUUAAUGUGUUUUUGUCUCUCAGAACCAGCCAUUCCGAAUUUCCCAAGCAGGAGGCUACAGAGACUGAAAGACCCCCGGGGAGUGAGCCAUGCUGAUCCAUACCUGAGGCAGCUUCUGUCCCCCGCCAAGGAGCCCCCAGGAUCUUUUGAAUGUGCAGUGCGGCAGGC